AUGAGGUGCUUUUUACCUUGUUUUUCAGCUUCCAAACGAAAAAAGCACUUUUCUUCUGAACCUAUCGUCAAUGCUAAUGAUAUUUCUGUCCUUGAAGAAUCCAUCCACUGGAUAUCAUCAGAAUCAAAGGAAAAAGCAACAAAGACCAAAGAAAACAACGAAGAAGAAGAGUGUUCAGAUUCACUCUUUUCUGUUUCUAUUGGGCGUGGAAAACCAGUUUCAGCAGAAGAAAAUGUUGGUGAGAUUGAAGUUAACAGUACUCCAAUGAAACUCCAUCCUGCAAAAGAGGUAUUUGGGUCAACCCUGAUUGAACCAGAACCAAAACAAAACUCCAAAGAAGAAGAUAGAAGGGUGAAUCAAUCUGUGUUGGUGUAUAGAUAUCGAGAUUGUUAUGACGACGACGACGACGAUGAUGAUGAUUCUCACAAUGAGAAAACAGAAAAAGGGUCUUCAGAGUCUUCUUUGUUUUCUCUAUCGAGUGAUUUUAGUAAUAGAAAAAGAAUUUUAUCUUCAUCAACCGAAAAAGUUGAUAAUGAAGUUAACAGUAAAAUAACAGUGGCACUCCAAGAUGACGAAGAAGUUUUCAGGGUGGUGAAUCCAAUUGAGAAUGUUAGUGAAGGGAAGGUGAAAGAGGUGAAAGCAGCAUUGUUGAAUCCUAUAAAGAAAGAGAAAGAAAAUAUGAAUUGGAUUGAAGAAGAGACUAGUUUGCAGGUGUUGUCUUCAUCAAAGAGAAAGAUGAAGGAAAGAGAAAAAGGAAAGGAGGAAAUUGGGGUAGAUACCAGCCUCUCGGAUUGGUUGGUUGAAUCAGAAAAUAAAGAUGAUAUAGGAAAAAGAGGUGAUAGGCCAAUUCUAAGAGCAUUGACAGUUGAAGAAAUAAGGAAGUCUAGUUCUGUCUCUAGAACAUGUUAUAAAUCCAACAAAUGUGUAAAGGAUGGGAAACAAGAUUGGAGUUCGACAACAAUAAAGACCAGACUAGAAGCAGCUUUUGAAGCCACCGUUGAAAACUGA